AAGUUAUUAUCGAAACGUAAGCGAUGAACGCGAAGAAAAUCUUAUCGAACCCUGCUUUGAAAACCACUAAAGAAAUCCAACUUGACGAGGAAUGGAAUAAUUUCAUGAAGAGAAUCGGCGAAGUAUCGAACUUGGUGAAAGGCCUUGCCAGUGGUGACAAGGCCAAAGCUGAUGCAGCUACUGUAUUAGCUGAUAAGUAUUUAGAAGGAAAGGUUAUUACAGAUGAAGAUAUAGAAAUGACACUUAAAGAUAAUAGAACUGUUAUAAAUCAGAAAGCAUUUCAAGGUCUUGAUACUAAUAAUGCUAUGGGCAAAGAGGCAUGGAUGGCGGAGGUUAGCAAAGACGCGGAAAAGCGUGCUGAAGACCGCAAGAUACGUCGCGAGAAGAUGGACACAAUGAAGACACAGGCUAUGAAGGCCUUCCGACGCGGCGACUACGACAGGGCCCUGUCCUGUUACAAUCGCGCCAUCGAGUUCAUUAGGGACAACCACAUGUUGUACUGUGAUCGUGCACUCACCAACAUCAAACUGAGAAACUAUCAAAAGGUUCUCGAUGAUUGUGACUGGGCAUUGCGUUUAAAUGAGAAGAGUUUCAAGGCUCGACUAUACAAAGCUAAAGCAUACAAGGAAUUGGAAGAAGUUGACAAAUUUGAUGAAUGUAAGAAGGAAGUAGAGGAAAUGUUUCCACAACAUCACGAACUUAUCACUUAUUUUCUUAGUAAGGAGGAAAAUUACGAAGAUAAUGAAGACUGAAUUCCUUUACAUUUUGAUAAG